AUGGAUGUCUCUGCCUCCAGCUCCACGUCCAACCAUGAAGCCUUGAUCCGGUCCUGGUAUCUACACGAUGGACAGAUCAAAAUCCCGUCACUUUCAGAAACAGAUAAUUUUAUAGUCCUGAGCAACAAGGACGCCCGUUCAGAAACAGAGGUUAUUACAUUCCUGAGUGACAAGGACGGCCAAAAGCCGACCCCUCUGCAGCUGAUCGCCUGGAUCCAACAAGAACACCCCCUCAUACACAAUCCCGCGUGGGCUCAGGCGUACCUUCCCUUGCUCUGUCCCACCGGCAUCACUCUGGAAGAGGUCCAGAAGCACUUCCAGUACUUCAACAAAAGUAACAUGACGAAGAGUAAACACACCAAUACCAUGCACAAGUCAUUUGACCUAACAUCCAAGAAGAUGGCCUUUCACCUCGGCUACACUCUCCAAGUCUUCUGGCUCCUAGUCCGACGCCCGUGCCCACCGGUCGCCGACCAGCCGGCGCAUUUUUCCAAUACGAAGCCGAACAUUAGGCACCUGGCCCAUUUCUUCGGCAUGCUUUUGCGAGUCAUGAGAGAUUGGGAGUUUGUUCACCUGUCGGCGGAGGAGGAUGCGUGGUUUGGUAUCUCUAGUGAUGGACCAGGCAAGAUGUCGCCGCUGGCACUGGGACUGAAGGAGGCGGAGAGGGUGCAGAGGCAUUGGGAAAAGGAGAAGAAGUGGGUGGAUCCCAUGUACCCGGCUGAGUGGGAGGGAUGGGCGGUGGUUUAG